UCAAAAUCACUGAAAUCUAAUAAACUCAAAAAAUAGAGAGAGAUUGAGCACAAGAACUUGGUGAUGGCCACGCCUCAGAAAUCCAAGCCCCCACCACUAUCAGACACUAAUUUCGUUGAUAUUUUCGCUGCAAAAGGAGGAGGAGUUGGUGGCAGCGCAUGGUCACACUCUCAAUAUGACCUCUUCAUGUCUUCGCUGCCUCUUGAAGAAAUGUAAGAGAAGAUUAUAAAUUGAAAUUUUUCGAUGGCUUCUGUCCCUCUGUUUGUAUUCUUUCUUCUCUCACAACUUGUGUUGCUUCACUCGGCCGAUGGGAAGUGGAAUCACCAAAAUUGUGCAUCCUUUCAUUGUGAAAAAUUCGGCAGCAUCAGCUUCCCAUUCACCAAUAGCACAAACUCAUAUUGUGGUUUAUGCCCAGUAGAUUGUGACGAAACAACUCCAAUGAUCCAACUGGGGAGAGAUGGAAGAUCAUAUAAUGUCCUAAACAUCUCUCAGUCUAACACCAGUUAUGCCACCAUACGUGUCAAGGAUCAAGUGCUUCAAGAGCACUUAAAUCUCCGUAGAUGCAAAUUGUUAAGAACUUUAACUUUUCCCAACUCUAACUCUAUCUCUUUUGAAGUCACCAGUCCCUAUCAGACUCUGUUCAAAUGCAAACACACUCUCAAUCUUACUUGCCCUAGAAAUUUUAAAAAUACAAGCUGCAAUGACUAUAAUAUCUACUAUAGUCAUUCAAACCAUACUUCUCCAAGUUUUCCUCCUGAAUGUUCAAUUAUUCAGCUCCCAAAAAAUGGGACUUCACCUGAUGAUGCUGACCUAUAUGCACUCUUGACUGCUGAUUUCAACCUUGAAGUGCAUGUGUCUCGUGAUUGUAUCAGCUGUUAUAAUAGAGGAGGUCGAUGUGAGCAACACGAUGAGGGAAAAUUUCAUUGUCAUUUGAAAGGGAAUAACAAAAGGAAAGUACUGAUAGCAUCAGCUUUAGGUAUUGGAUGCCAAGCAAUCAUAAUUUGCUUGCUCUUUGUUAUGUGGCAUCAUUACAAGAAAAAACAUGCUUCUUCAGAAUUGCUGCGAAGGAAUACCUAUUCUGGUACAUUCUCAAAAUCAGACCUGGAAGUGGGGAGUAUCUACUUUGGAGUCCCUGUUUUCUCCUACAGUGAACUUGAAGAAGCCACCAAAAAUUUUGAUCUUGAAAAAGAACUGGGAGAUGGAGGGUUUGGGACUGUCUACCACGGCAAACUACAUGAUGGGAGGGAAGUUGCAGUCAAGCGCCUAUAUGAGCACAACUACAGACGAGUAGAACAAUUCAUGAAUGAAGUUAAGAUCCUAACACGCUUGCACCACAAAAAUCUUGUUUCCCUUUAUGGGUGUACUUCACGUCACAGCCGUGAACUUCUUCUUGUGUAUGAAUACAUUCCCAAUGGCACUGUUGCUGAUCAUAUUCAUGGCCAUCGAGCUACACCAGGUUCACUCACAUGGCCAACUCGUAUGAGCAUUGCCAUAGAAACAGCUAGUGCAUUGGCUUACCUCCAUGCUUCUGACAUCAUACAUCGUGACAUAAAGACUAACAACAUUCUCCUUGAUGACAAUUUCUGUGUCAAAGUUGCAGAUUUUGGGCUUUCUCGAUUGUUCCCCAAUGAUGUCACCCAUGUCUCAACAGCUCCUCAGGGGACUCCGGGUUACAUGGACCCAGAAUAUCACCAAUGCUAUCAGCUUACUACUAAAAGUGAUGUUUACAGCUUUGGAGUUGUCCUCAUCGAGCUCAUAUCAUCUCUGCCGGUUGUUGAUUUAGCUAGGCAUAGGCUAGAAAUUAAUUUGGCUAACUUAGCCAUUAACAAGAUUGAAAAGUGUGCAUUCCAUGAGCUGGUCGAUCCACAUCUUGGAUUUGAGUCAGAUAAUGAAGUUAAAAGGAUGACCAUUUUGAUUUCAAAGUUGGCUUUUCAAUGUAUACAACAGGACAAGGAAAUGCGACCUUCCAUGUAUGAGGUUUUUGAGGCUUUAAAGAAGAUUCAAAGUGGUGAGGAUGCACUGGAUGUUCAAGAAAAUACAUAUAUUGAUGCUGAGAUCUUAAAUGUUCAGCAGCCAACUUCACCAGAUUGUUAUGAGGUUGGAUUGUUGAAGAAUAAGCAGCUGCCACCUUCACCAUAUGCUGUGACCGAUAAUUGGACUCUUAGGUCUACUACGCCUAAUGUCAGUGGUUUAAUUUCUUCUCCAUGGUGUUAACUUUUCAAGAGAUGAUAAGAUUAUGUUGGCACUCAAAAUCACUAGAACAUUUGUGAGUUGAAAUUUCAUUUUCUUCUUAUCUACUUGUUUUGUUGUUCAUACUACGCAUAUUAAUGCCAGGCUUUGAGGUCAUGACAUAUGAAAUGGAGUUAAUGGCACU